UGUUUCAGGUUUCUCUUUCUGUCAGGGCUCUCUGUUGCAGUGUGGAGAGAGUGGUAGCGAGUCUCAUCUGUAUUCUUCCACGCGGUGCCUCCCCUACAGGCGUGUUUUGACUUGACAAAGUUACGCGUGCUUCCUGGUUUGAAGCACUAUGACCUCAGGUAGGCUAAGCCGCAAAACUCCAACGACGAGUCACUUCUGCUUCUCGGACCUCUGCGCUUUACAUUCCCAGCUGCACAUCCAGCCGGGGAUUAACUUUUGUAGGUUUUCUUUCCUUUGCACGUUUUCCAACUCUACCGGGAUGCAUUUAUACUUCAACUGUGGGUGAAGCGCAUGCCUACACCCGCUUUAUAUCAGGAAGAGUUUGUAAGAAAAGUGUCCGGGCUUCUCAAGAUCAGACUGAAGCGUCCAGACUCCUGCGUGCUGUAAAUAGCAAAGAUGUCUGAUUCAGCGUCCAGUUUUCUGCAUAUAGGGGAUAUUGUCUCCCUGUAUGCAGAAGGAACUGUCAAUGGCUUUAUAAGCACACUGGGGCUGGUGGAUGAUCGUUGUGUCGUGGAGCCAGCAGGUGGAGAUCUAGACAACCCGCCCAAAAAAUUCAGAGACUGCCUCUUUAAGGUUUAUCCCAUGAACCGAUAUUCUGCCCAAAAACAGUUCUGGAAGGCUAAACAGGCAAAACAUGAGAAGGAUAAGAUUGGAGACAUGGUGCUUCUUCAGAAAUUGCAACAUGCAGCUAAUUUGGAACAAAAGCAGAAUGAGGCCGAGAACAAAAAGGUCCAUGGGGAUGUGGUAAAAUACGGCAGUGUCAUUCAGCUACUGCACAUGAAGAGCAACAAGUAUUUGACGGUGAAUAAGCGUCUUCCAGCAUUGCUGGAGAAGAACGCAAUGCGUGUCACUCUUGAUGGGACGGGGAAUGAGGGAUCCUGGCUUUUCAUCCAACCUUUCUGGAAGCUCAGAGCCAAUGGAGACAAUGUGGUAGUUGGAGAUAAGGUGAUCAUGAAUCCUGUGAAUGCUGGACAGCCUCUCCAUGCCAGUAAUUACGAGCUUCCCGAUCACCCAGGGUGCAAAGAGAUCAAUUCAGUCAACAGCAACACCAGCUGGAAGAUCAGUCUGUUUAUGAUGUUCAGUGACCAUAAAGAUGAAGUCCUUAAGGGAGGAGAUGUGGUGAGGCUUUUCCACGCAGAACAGGAGAAGUUUCUGACCUGUGAUGAGUACAAGUCUAAGCUACAUGUGUUCCUGCGCACAACUCUGCGUCAGUCUGCUACUUCAGCCACCAGCUCCAAUGCAUUAUGGGAGGUUGAGGUGGUUCACCAUGAUCCGUGCCGUGGAGGAGCAGGACAUUGGAACAGCCUGUACCGAUUCAAACACUUGGCCACAGGGAACUAUCUUGCUGCUGAAGAGAACCCAGGUUAUAAAGAAAACAGCAAUGAUAUAGAGGUGGAUAGUAGCCGUAUCAAGAGAAGCCUAGGAGAGCGGAUAAAAUACAAACUAGCUGCAGUGCCUCAUGGGAAUGACAUCGCCUCUCUAUUUGAGCUGGACCCCACCACACUGCAGAAGACUGAUUCAUUUGUGCCACGAAAUUCUUAUGUUCGAUUCCGUCACCUGUGCACAAACACUUGGAUCCAAAGCACCAACAUUCCCAUCGACAUUGAUGAGGAGAGGCCAAUUCGGUUGAUGCUGGGCACCUGCCCCACCAAAGAGGACAAGGAAGCCUUUGCCAUUGUCUCUGUGCCGGUCAUGGAGAUUAGAGAUCUAGACUUUGCAAAUGAUGCCAGCCUUAUGUUGAGCACCGUCGUCGACAAGUUCAACUUCGGUUUCCUCAAUCCUAAUGAUAGAAGGUAUGCCAUUAAACUGCUGGAGGAUGUGGUUUUCUUUGUCGUCGAUCAGUUAAACAAUGGCCAGCCAGCCCUGGAGGUGACGAUGAACAAGCCAAACCGAGAGAGACAGAAACUGAUGAGAGAGCAGAACAUUCUCAAACAGAUAUUUGGGAUCAUUAAAGCCCCAUUUAAACAGAGGGGCACUGAUCCAGCUCUGCUAACAUUGGAAGAGCUGUCUGACCAGAAAUACGCCCCCUAUCAAUACAUGCUCAGACUGUGCUACAGGGUGCUGCGUCAUUCACAAGAAGACUACCGUAAGAAUCAGGAACACAUAGCCAAGCAGUUUGGAAUGAUGCAGUCUCAGAUCGGCUAUGAUAUUCUGGCUGAGGACACCAUCACAGCCCUGCUACACAACAACCGCAAACUGCUGGAGAAACACAUCACUAAAACCGAGGUGGAGACUUUCGUCAGUCUGGUUCGUAAGAACAGGGAGCCCAGGUUCCUGGACUAUCUAUCAGACUUGUGUGUGUCCAAUAAUGUUGCGAUCCCAGUAACUCAAGAGCUGAUCUGUAAAUGUGUGCUGGAUGCCAAAAACCAGGAUAUUCUCAUGAAAACUGAGCGGCGAGCUGCUAAAGACACACAGCACACCUCUGAGUAUUUGGAAGAGUUUGGAGAGGAGGAUGAAGUUUGGCUGAUCUGGUCUGAGAAGGAGAAUGAGACCCAUGAGAAGAGCAUUCGACAGCUUGCCCAAGAGGCCCGGCAAGGAAACGUGCAUGAUGAAAAUGUGCUGACAUAUUACAGGUACCAGCUCAAACUAUAUGCACGAAUGUGUUUUGAUCGCCAGUAUCUGGCCAUAGAUGAGAUCUCAAAGCAGCUGGAUGUGGAGCUGAUUUCCCUCUGCAUGAUGGAUGAGACUCUUCCCUUUGACCUGCGGGCGUCUUUCUGUAGACUCAUGCUACAUGCACACGUUGACCGUGACCCUCAGGAGCUUGUGACACCCAUCAAGUUUGCUCGUUUGUGGACGGAGAUCCCCACUUCGAUCAGCAUCAAAGAUUAUGACUCUCACUUGGACUAUUCACGAGACAAUAAAAAGAACAAGUUUGCCAAUACGAUGGCUUUUAUGGAGGAGUACCUCAACAACGUUCUCAUUGAUGACCUACCUUUUGCCAAUGAGGAGAAAAACAAGCUUACAUAUGAGGUGGUUAGCUUGGCGAGACAUCUCAUCUACUUUGGGUUCUACAGUUUUUUUGAGCUUCUGAGGUUGACUCGCACUCUCCUGGGAAUCAUAGACUGCACUCCGAGUAAUGCUAACAUCAACCCAAUGUUUAGCGAUGAUGGCAGUGGAAAGAACGUCAGGCGAUCCAUUCAUGGCAUGGGGCAGAUGAUGUCCACCAUGGUGCUAAACCGCAAGCCAUCCCUGUUCUCCGGCCCUGGUCGCCCUGGUGCUCUAGACAGCCAGGCUGGCAGUAAAGAUAGCAUUGACACACAGGACAUCACUGUCAUGGACACCAAACUGAAGAUCCUGGAGAUAUUACAGUUCAUCCUCAGUGUACGCCUGGACUAUCGGCUUUCCUUCCUGCUCUCCGUCUUCAAGAAGGAGUUUGUGGAUGUCUAUCCUAUGGGUGAUGCAGAUGCAACGCAUCAUACGGAGCACGAGGCUUCCAUCAACCUCCAGCACAUUGGAGAGCAGGCAGAGGCCAUGUUUGGAAUUGGUAAAGGAAACAGCAUUCUGGAAGUGGAUGAUGAAGGGGGACGAAUGUUUCUGCGUGUUCUGAUCCACCUUAUCAUGCACGACUACCCUCCGCUGAUUUCUGGGGCCUUGCAGUUGCUCUUCAAGCACUUCAGUCAAAGACAAGAAGUCCUCCACACCUUUAAACAGGUCCAGCUUCUCAUUUCAGCUCAGGAUGUGGACAACUACAAACACAUAAAACGAGAUCUGGAUCUUCUGCGCACCAUGGUGGAGAAGUCUGAGCUUUGGGUCAUAAAAAAAAGUAGCUCGGGGGGAGACGGGAAGAAAGACAAGAAGGACAAAAAGACAAAAAGAGGCUGCGUAUCUCCAGAGGAGGAGACCGAUACAAAGAAGCAGAAGGUUGAAAAGAGCAACGAAAGCUACCAGAAUGUCAAAGAGAUUUUAGAGCGGUUGAAUAAAAUGUGCAGUUCAGGUGUAUUUAAGAAACAACAACGGCUAUUGAAGAACAUGGGUGCCCACAAAGUUAUGCUUGACCUGCUGCAGAUCUCCUAUGAUCGGAAUGACACCAAAAUGCUGGAGAUCAUCAAGUACACGCACCUGUUCUUACAGAAGUUCUGCACAGGGAACCUGGAGAACCAAAACCUCCUCCAUAAACACCUCAACCUCUUUCUCACACCUGGGCUCCUUGAGGCAGAAACAAUGCAGCACAUUUUCAGUAACAAUUACCAGCUCUGUUCUGAGAUCAGCGAGUCUGUGCUGCAUCAUUUCAUACAUUGCCUGGCCACACAUGGCCGCCACAUUCAGUACCUCAACUUUCUGCACACCAUCAUUAAGGCAGAGGGGAAAUAUGUGAAGAAAUGUCAAGACAUGAUCAUGACUGAGCUUACAAGUGCGGGCGAUGAUGUGGUUGUCUUCUACAACGAUGGCACGUCAUUUGACACCAUGGUGGAACUGAUGACACAGUCUCGGGAAGGGGUGAAGGACGACAGCCCUCUGCGCUACCAUAUUUCUCUGGUAGAGCUGCUGGCUGCAUGUGCCGAGGGCAAAAACGUCUACACUGAGAUCAAGUGCACAUCUCUGCUGCCCCUGGAGGACAUGGUGAAAGUAAUCACACAUGAAGACUGUAUCACAGAGGUGAAAAUUGCAUAUGUAAACUUUGUGAACCACUGCUAUGUAGACACAGAAGUGGAGAUGAAAGAGAUCUACACCAGCAACCACAUCUGGAAGCUGUUUGACAACUUCACUGUAGAUAUGGCUAGGGUGUGCUCCAACCGUGAGAAACGCAUGUCAGACCCUGUGCUGGAGAAGUAUGUGAUUCAAGUGGUUUUAGACACUAUAAACGCCUUCUUCAGCUCUCCCUUCUCAGAGAACAGCACCAGCACAGAGGUUCAUCACAACAUUGUUAAGCAGCUGCUGCAGUCUACUAUGCGUCUGUUAGAUUGUCCCUGGCUACAGCCACAACAAAAAGUCCAAGUAGAGUCCUGCAUCCGAACUCUGGCAGUGACAACAAAGAGUCGCUCCAUCCCUCUGCCGAUAGAGUUGGAGGCUCAUGUCAAUAUGAUGUUGAGUCACAGUAAUGCCCUCACACUGUCUCGCUCCAGCCACAGUAACAAAAACCUGUCACGCCUCACACGGCCUGCUGCUCCCACCAACCCCUGGGACUACAAAAACAUCAUUGAGAAACUGCAGGAUAUCAUCAACACACUGGAGGAGCGUGUGAUGCCGUUGGUUAAUGCAGAGCUGUCAGUGCUGGUGGAUGUGCUGCACCAGCCCGAGCUGUUGUUCUUGGAAGGCACAGAUGCUCGAUCACGCUGUGAAUCAGGAGGCUUCAUAUCUAAACUGAUCCAGCACACAAAGGCCCUCAUGAAUUCAGAUGAGAAGCUCUGUAUCAAAGUGCUCAGAACUCUACAGGAAAUGCUCAUUCGUGAGCUGGACUUCGAUGAGAAGGGCUUUGCCUUAAGAAAGGUGUUGCUCCAGAACUACCUCUACAACAACAAAAAGAACAUCAAAGCAGAGCUUGUUGAACAUGGAGGAGGUGGAGAGGCAGAGAGAGACUGGCUGGCAGUUGCAGCAUUACAGUGUCGUCUGGACAAAGAAGGUGGCACCAAACUCUUCAUAGACCUCAUAACCAGUUCUAAGAAUGAGAAGAUCUUUCAGGAGAGCAUUCAGCUCGCCAUCUGUCUGCUGGAAGGAGGCAACACAGAGAUCCAGAACUCCUUCUACAAACUCAUGAUGGGAGACAACAAAUCAGAGAGGUUUUUUAAAGUACUAAAUGACCGCAUGAAGAAUGCACAGCUGGACAUCAAAUCUACCAUCUCCGUCAACGUGGGGGAAAUGAGCAAUAAAGCCAAAGAUGACAAAGAUAUAGAGACAGGUGCAGGGCCUUCCUUUGGCCAACCUGAGCAGCCACCUCAACCUGAGCAGCAGGAAGUAGAUGCAGAAAUGGGCCCCUCUGUCACCAUCAUGAAACCCAUCCUGCGCUUUUUACAGCUGCUCUGUGAGAACCACAAUCAGGACCUUCAGAAUUUCCUUCGCUCUCAGAGCAAUAAAACAAAUUAUAACCUGGUUUGUGAGACACUCCAGUUUCUGGACAUCAUGUGCGGCAGCACGACAGGAGGGCUUGGUCUGCUGGGCCUUUACAUCAAUGAGAACAAUGUGGAGCUGAUCACACAGACCCUGGAGACCCUCACAGAGUACUGCCAAGGACCAUGCCAAGAGAACCAGACAUGCAUUGUCUCUCAUGAAUGCAAUGGCAUUGACAUCAUCACGGCCUUGAUUCUGAAUGACAUCAGUCCUCUCUGUCGUUACCGUAUGGAGCUGGUGCUGCAGCUCAAGGACAACGCCUCUAAGCUCUUGCUUGCUUUGAUGGAGAGUCGCCAUGACAGUGAGAAUGCAGAGAGAAUCCUGUUUAACCUUCGACCCCGGGAACUGGUGGAGGUGAUAAAAAAGGCUUACCAGCAAGAGGCUGAAAAUGAGGAGGGAGAAGUUUCACCACGGGAAGUUGGACACAACAUCUACAUCCUGGCAUUACAGCUUACCCGGCACAACAAAAUGCUCAUCACACUGCUUAAACCACAAAAGAAGACAAAUGAGGAAGGAGAGGAAAGCAUCUCUUCUAUGCUCACCUUGAACAAGCAGCAGGAGGAGCUACAGGAGGAUCCAUUAGAGUAUUAUGAUCGUCAAACGGCUCAGAUUGAGAUUGUGCGGGAGGACCGUAGCAUGGAGCAGAUAGUGUUUCCUGUUCACCCCAUCUGUGAGUUCCUGACGGAGGAAUCAAAGGUCCGUGUGUUUAACACCACAGAGCAGGACGAGCAGGGCAGCAAGGUCACACACUUCUUCGAUCAGACCUCUUUCCUGCACAAUGAAAUGGAAUGGCAGAAAAAACUUCGAAGCAUGCCAGUGCUGUACUGGUUCUCUCGUCGAAUGUCUCUCUGGGGCACCAUAUCAUUCAAUCUGGCUGUGUUUAUCAAUCUUAUCAUCGCUUUGUUCUACCCACAUGACUCUGGUCAUUCUGGUAGCAUAGACACUUCGUUGCUGCUUAUGCUGUUCUGGUGUUUUGCUGGACUGGCUGUAUUGGGCCUGUUAUCCAAGCGCUAUGGGUUCCAGUCCCUCACUGUUGCCAUCACCCUGCGCUGCAUCUAUCACUUUGGCAUCGGGCCAACUCUCAUCCUGCUGGGGGCUCUCAAUCUGAUUAAUAAGAUUGUGUUUGUGGUGAGCUUUGUGGGAAACAAUGGCACCUUCAUCAUGGGCUAUAAAGCCAUGGUGAUGGACGUGGAGUUCCUGUACCAUUUGGCCUAUGUGUUAACCAGCACGCUGGGGCUUUUUGUCCACGAGCUCUUCUACAGCAUAUUGCUGUUUGAUCUGAUCUACCGUGAGGAGACGCUCUUUAAUGUCAUCAAGAGUGUGACCCGUAACGGCCGCUCUAUUCUCCUCACUGCUGUCUUGGCCAUCAUCCUGGUCUACUUGUUCUCCAUCGUAGGCUUUCUCUUCCUCAGGAAUGACUUCAUCAUGGAAGUGGACCGGCUUGCUAGCCUAGACACAGCAGGUACAGAUAACUCUAUGAGCAGCUGCAGUGCAGAUGGAGUGGAGUGUACAGAGGAAACUGGGUUGGUUGCACCAUCAGAAGAAGAAGAGGACAACACAGAGAGAGCGUGUGACACUCUUCUAAUGUGUAUCGUUACGGUGCUGAAUCAUGGGCUGAGGAAUGGAGGCGGUGUGGGAGAUGUCCUGCGCAAACCCUCUAAGAAUGAGCCUUUGUUCCCUGCUCGUGUGGUGUACGACCUUCUCUUCUACUUCAUUGUCAUCAUCAUUGUUCUCAACUUGAUUUUUGGUGUGAUUAUUGACACCUUUGCUGACCUGCGUAGUGAAAAACAAAAGAAAGAGGAGAUACUGAAGACCACCUGUUUCAUUUGUGGUCUCGAGAGGGACAAGUUUGAUAAUAAGACUGUAUCAUUCGAGGAACACAUUAAAUUUGAGCAUAACAUCUGGCACUACCUCUAUUUCAUUGUGCUGGUACGGGAGAAAAACAAGACAGAUUACACUGGCCCAGAGAGCUACGUAGCCCAUAUGAUAAAGAACAAGAACCUGGAUUGGUUCCCACGCAUGCAGGCCAUGUCUCUGGUUGUAACUGAGGGAGAUGGAGAACAGAAUGAGAUGAGGAACCUGCAGGAUCGUCUCACCUCCACCAUGAAAGUGGUCACACAACUCACAAGCCAGUUAACAGAGCUGAAAGAACAGAUGACCGAGCAGAGGAAGAGAAGGCAGAGGAUGGGUUUUGUGGAUGUUCAGUCUGGCUCAAACGCUGGGAUGCCUAUGCCUCCUAGUGCUGCUGGAGGAAAUCUUCAGGUCAUCAAGACCUAAUUUCUCCAGCUAACCUUGCAUUGACUUUAUAGAAGCAAUAAUGUGAUGCUGGUGUACUCCCCACUGUGGAAAAGUUGCGUUCAAUGGAUAGACAGAUUGGAUCUACACUCCUACAAAAGCACUACUGACUAAAUAGUCAUUCUUUGAGGGGCCUUUGAUUACCAGAAUGGUUUUAUGCACAAAUUUUAUAUAUUUAAAGUAUGUAAUUGUUUUAUUUUUAUUUUUCUAAGUAGUUUUUGGUUAAGAUAUUUGAAAGCUUCUUUUCAAAGCUCUUGCUGGAUGUAUGGAUAAAUGUAGCAUUGCUGUAAGUAAAGCUGAUGUGUUUUAGUGAGUAAUUGUAGGUUAAUACAGUCGGAUGGUUUGUUUUAAUGUGCACUGAUGAGGUUGUACAUGCGGUAAUUAUAGGGAUAGUCAUGAUGCACUGGCUUGAUAUGAUUGUGAGAUGAUUUGGGAAACAUGAAGGGGAAUAUCAUGACCAGUCUUAUGAUGAACUAGGAGACGCUAACAUGUCACUAGGGUUGAAUCUGGGGAAGUAUAAAUGGCAUAAUGUAUAGAAGUGUGUUUAAAGUUCAUACAAUUUAAUUUAAAAGUCAAAGUGCCUAAAAAUGACUAAAAAAGAACAGAACUUUUGCUCAGGAAACUAACAUGUUCCUUGUUUAUCUUAUCGUAAAAAUACAGUCGUAAGUGAGGACAUGCUGAUUGUGGUUUUAAUAGACAUAAUGCAUGUAGAUCUAUGUAUGUGUCUAUUUAAUUAUUUAUUGUGCGACCAGGACUAAGUUGUAAGUCAGUUGCAUUUUUUAGACCACAAGAAGAAUGCUGGAACAUACUUAUAUUUUGGCUUCGUUAAUAACGGCCAUUCAUAACAUCAAAUAAUCAUCAAUUUAUUGCUAAUAUGUUGAUAUGAAGUGCCUCACCAACUUUACACAGAAAGUACCAAAUAAAACAUUUGGAUAUUUGACGUCUUAUAUUAUUGAACAUUAAAAGACAGUAAGAGAAACGAAUGAGUCACGUUACUACAAUAGUACUAUAAUAAAAUGUUAUAAAAUCAAUAGAAAUUUGUUUAAUUUGAAACAUUACAAUGACUUUUUAUUCAUUUCAAAACAAAAUAAAUGAUAUCUUCCCAAUGAAACGAAGUAAA